AUGAAUCCCCCACCUCCAAGGGACUUCACUGUCUCCAAGACUGGCCCAAGGACAGCUUAUGUCGCCUGGCUCCCACCCACGUUCCCAUACGGGAUCCUGGUGUCCUAUAAUCUCACAUUCACUGCCAUAUCCAGUGCUGACAGUUCAUCUCGUAGCAUCAUCUUACGAGCAAGUUUUCAGACUUACAACCUGACGGGCCUCAACGUGGGCAACAGCUAUCGCUUCAGCAUUGCAGUCAACAACAAUGUCGGAACCAGUGAGAUGGUUGAUUUCCCAGAUACCCUGGUAUUCCCUGAAACUGCGCCCCCAGCAACAGAUCAUAGGAUCACAAGCUCAAAUGCUGUAUCGCCAACCGGUCGUAGUGUUACCAUCUCUUUGUCUAACGAGAUGUUCAGUCAAGAAUACGGACCCAUCCUAGAGUACGCCGUUCUAGUUGCAGAACUUGCAUAUGGAGCGGAUAACACAGGCACCAUCACAGACGCCAUUCCGCCCGAGCGCACAUGGGCCUCUGUUCAAGGCCUGAGUCGCUGGCUUCCCUACCGUGCUUCAAGGGAAGGCUACAAUCCAUUUAUCAACGUGUCCAACCGAAAGCGACGACAGGCCACCGCGACGUUCAUCGACUACGCGGUCGGCAGCGACAGAAGCUGCGACCCGACGACAGAGAAUGUCUAUUGCAAUGGGCCCCUCAAAACAUACUCGACAUACGCGUUUGCUGUGCGUGCCUAUGGUGCCGAUGGCACUUACACUGAUACUCUCUGGUCAGAUCCAAUAUCCACCGGUUUUGAUGUUAUGUGGUUCAUCUACCCACUGAUUGCUCUGAUAAUCAUCACCCUGCUCAUCCUCAUCGUCUUCUGCUGCGUUUGGAGAGGAUGCUGUGGCAAUCCCUCGAGGAAUUCCAUGUAUGAGGACAAGACUGCCCUUGUACAAGUGGUCCAGCCAGAAGAACCAGUCCCAGCCCAGGCGAAAGAGAAUCCAUACGAGAUGACCACAGUCAUGCAGAGUACCACCAGCAGGCCUAUUGCGGUCAAUCGUUUUGCUCAGCACGUGGCCCGACUGUCAGCCAAUAACAACAAGCUCUUCAGUCAGGAAUAUGCGUCUCUGCAGAGUAAAGGAGCCAGCGAAAGCCGCAAGGUGUCCAAGUAUCCUGAGAACAUGGCCAAGAAUCGCUAUCGCAACAUCCUGCCGAACGACAAUCAUCGCGUGCAGUUGCAGAACUCCAUGGACGGUUCAGACUACAUCAAUGCAAGCUUCUUGAGCGGACGAAACAAAGACAACGAGUACAUAGCCACCCAGGGCCCACUGCCAAACACUGUCAGUGACUUCUGGCAGAUGGUGUGGGAGCAGCAGACAGCUGCUAUCGUCAUGGUAACCAAUCUGGUGGAGAACGCCAGGGUGAAGUCUGAGCAGUACUGGCCGAAUGACAACAGCCAGCUAACCUUCAAUGACGUGACUGUCACUCACAUCAAUACAGUCACCAAACCAUCGUGGACUAUCCGUACACUGGAACUUGAGAAGAACGGAGAGACCAGGGUGCUACACCAUUACCACUUCCGUUCCUGGGGAGACCACGGCGUGCCUUCCACACCAGAUCCGAUGCUGUUCUUUGUCCGGACAUUCCAGGAGAUGCAGACAUCGAUCGCUGGUCCUGUAGUGGUGCACUGCAGUGCCGGUGUGGGUCGCUCUGGCACCUUUGUCACCCUAGACAUCCUCCUGCGCAGCCUGGACCAGGGAGAGCAAUUCCUGGAUGUGUAUGGCACUGUGGCUAACAUGAGGGAGAGCCGAUGUUACAUGGUGCAGACCGAGGAUCAGUACAUCUUCAUCCACCAGGUGCUUCUGAAGGCAAUCCAGAACCCCAAUCAGCACCCUUCAUCCUCCAUGAUGAAGAGAAACAAUCGACCUGAUGAUGACGACUUGAGGAUCGACAAUGAAAUGUUUGAAUAAGUAGAAAUGUCAUCAUCUACCGCAACCUCAACAGGCAAUGAAAUUGUCUGCCAACUAUAUCCAAAUAUUUAGUCAAGUACUUUUGAGAAUGUAUACAAAUAUAUGUAUCUUUUUUAUGUACUAAUUGGUGUUGGAUUGGAAACUCAGAAUGUGAUUAAAAGCUUGGUAUAAAUUGUAUCAAUUUGAAACAGAGAAAAAAACUGAAUGAUUAGAAUUGCUUUUAGAAAUAAAAUGAUUAACAUUUAAUGCUGGUACAUUUUGAUCGAGGUUUGUUUGAUAAGUUGCGUGGAAACUAACUCUUUGUCGUAACAAAAGCCUGUUAACAUUCACUUUGUUUUGAAAAAAACUAGGCUGGUCAUAUAUUAAGUAUUUUCAUGGCAUACACAAAUUGAACAACUCAUUAUAACUGAAAUUUUGGGUUCCUUAAUGUAACAAAUCAAUAACUAGAUUUUUCCCAUAGAAUGAAUUUUUAUAUCACUUAUUACUUAGUACUUUUACAUUUACAUUUGAAUGUUAUAUAUAUGCUUGUAUUAGUCCAGAAAAGAACAACUCUUGGCUCUGAAAUUAAAGCAGGUCUUGCUUGAGAAAUGUAUGCAACUCUUUUAAAUAUUCUUAAAGCAACUUGUGAGAAAAUGUUGCAGUAUUCAAAAUAUUUGGCGUUUAGCUAAGUAUCAGGAAAAUGUAAUUGCAUCAACUUAGUUUUUUCUAAAAUUUAAAGGUGAUUUCUUAGCCUAUAUGAUUUUCUGAACUGUUUACUCAGUUUGAAAAUUUUAUUGGACUUUAUACUUUGUUGUAUGUGUUAAUAUAUUUUACUUACGAAACAAAUUUUUUUCAGGUCUAUCACUUAAUAGCUAAAUGUUGUAUUCAUGGUCAGAAUAUACUUUUAUUGUACUUUUAUGAUACUAUAUUUUGAGAGAUCUGUUUGCCUUAGUCUCUAACGCUUGACAUACUUGGUUUGAAAUACUACUCAAGUUGUUUCUGUGAGAUUUUUGCAUGUUCAGUUUUGCAUGAAAUUUUGUGAGAUUUGUUUCCUUCAGCUUCUAAUGCUUAACAUACCACUCUGUUUGAAAUAGAAUCAGAAGUUCGAGAGAUUGUUUCAAGUGGAUUUUGAAUUGUGAGCAUUUUACUUAAUAAAGCAGUACAGAUGGAUAGUUUUCUCUGAAACUUUGCAACCAUGAAUAGAAACAUGUAUAUUUUUGUGCAUCAAAAUGAUUAAUAGUAUAGAAUUCUUGUUCGGAACUGAGUCCAGACUGACUCACAAAAGACAGAGUUCACAAAAUCUGUCUUUUUAUAAUUAUGCAAUCAUACGCUACUUUAAUACAUUAUUAGAAAUAAAAACUGGCAACAGUUCAUGCUUCGUUUGUA